CAGUAGUGACGCCAUCAAACGGCACCCGCGUUGUUUGUAACGGUCGCUAACUUUAACGUUACACCGUUAAAGAAUUAUUAAACAUCGAAAAAAAAAAGUUUUGUAAGAUAAACUCGCUGUAGUAAAGAUAAAACUACUUGUACAUUUAUUUAUAUCACUUGUAUUUCCGGCGUGUGGGACUUUGCUGCAGGAGGAAGUUAGUUAGCCAACAAGCUAACAUGAGAUAACUUGGUGACAGCAGCUACACGGCGGGCUGUCUGACCAGUGACUAGUUGACUCACCUGUCCAUAAUGGAGGAUAACUCGUCUUCUUCCUCGGUGGUCACUGGUUUUUCUCAAACGCCUUUUCUCCAGAGGACGUUGGAGCGGCUAUCCUCCUCACAGAGUCUGAAAGUAAACACAGAGGAGGCGGCGGCGGCGGCUCCGGUGGCUGUCCUCGCGCUUCAGCGGUAUCUGUCCGAGCAAACGGAGGGACAGCAGCUGUCCGACAGCUACAGCUACGAUGUGACAGUCACAGACGGAGUGUGGAGAGCCAAAUGUUUUCUUCACCCCAGUUUGAAUCACCUGGUUCACACAAACAUCCUGAGGACUGGGAUCGACGUCAGCAUCACGCAGUGCUCCUUUGUUUACAACGAGAGGAGACUGGGACACGGUUACAUGUGUAUAGAGAAGCUCACAUGUGGUGCAGAGAGCUCUGUCCUCCUGACCCGGAUGAAGGAUGUCAGCUCGCUGCCCUUGCUGGUCAAACACGGCAUGGAGAGGAGUGUGUUGCUGCAAAGUGAUGCUCCCCUUCAGGUGAGCCGCAAACAUUACCUGUCUCUGUGGAACAACGACGACCCAGAGGGAGACAUCUGGACAUCGGGGUGUCCUUCAUCUGACACAGUGCUGGACGUGUCCAAGAUUACUCUUCUUUGUAGUCUGGAGUCCUGCUUUAGGAAGACAUGGAAACCUCUCCCUCUCCUCGUGAAGAUAAUACACAAAUCCAGAUUACGGUAUUAUGGGAAGUUUGGCCUCAAGAUUGAUUACCCCUACCAGGCAUACUUUGAAGUUGCUGACCAGAGUGGAACAAUGUCCCUCGUGCUUUGGAACGAACUUUGUCCAGAGUUUUACCAGAGACUGAACGUAGGCACCGUGUUGUACAUCCAAGAUUACACCUUGAAGCAGAGUUAUUCAAAUCGGUCACACCCGCAAAUGGACCAUCACAAAAUGAAGACCUUUAACUCUGUAGAAAUCUGCCUAAACCCUCGCAACCCUGCUUCUGUCAUCACCGUGGUUUCACCAAAGAGUGUACUGCCUCAGUGGGGACUGCCGGAGGUUUCCUACCAGUUCACCACCAGGUCAGAGCUGGAAAAAUUAUCCAACAAUGCUGCAUGUGAUGUCAUUGGUUUGGUGACAUUUGUUGGUCGUGUUGAAAGAGUCAAGAGCAAAGGGAACAAGGGUCCAGAAAAAUACUGGACGUAUCGCUGGAUCCACGCUGUAGAUGGAACAUCCGACCAUCCUUUCAUCCUGGAGGUUUUUUCCUCCUCCCAACCAGAAGUCUUCAGUCGCAUAUGCCCGAUGACCUACCUGGUGUGCACUCAGAUGAGAGUUUGUCAGGUGGAAGGCUCGCUCCCCUACCUCACAAGCAGCUGCGAGACAGAGACGUUCAUCACAGGCUACCACAAAGGUCAGCCGUACGUGAGCGACCCCAGAGUGAAGAGCUUCAUCCAGUGGACCAAAACUCUGAAGGACAACGUUGUGCUCCGGAAGACUGCUGUUGGUGGUUAUUAUUGCUACCCUCGUCCUCCAAAGACAUUCAGCCAGUCGACUGCAGAUGCCUCAGCUCCUCUGGUGGCUGCAGCUGACUUGAAGAAGGAGUUAGAGACCCUGCGAUAUAGGGAGCAUAAAAACCUUGCAAUUCAAGGACAGAUCACAGCAGUCUGCUACAUAAAAAACCCAAGGGCCACAGGAGGAAGAGGAGAAAAAGAGGGACCAGAUGCUUCUUCCAGUGAACAAGCUGCACCGGAUACACACAAUGAGCAGACUUCAGCAGUCAAUUUAAGAUCGGCCUCUGCUGAGAAAAUCUCGGGAAAUGGAAGGACAAGAAAAAUUCAAACAAGGAAAGCCACGCAGAAUUCUGAAAGCACGUCAGCAAAAAGGAGACAUAAAGACACAGAAGACGGACAAGAGCAGGAAGAGAAAGAGAGCGAGUCUGAAUGUGAGGAGGCUCAGGAUGUGGAAUGCCGCUUCGAUCAAAAUCAAGACUCUGACGUAACAUCGUGGGAAAGCAGCAGUUGGCCAAAGCAAAGACAAGAAGUGUCUGAACACCUGCAUCAAGGCGGUCUCUACCAGGACAGCGUGUCCCAGAGGUUCACGUUUGAUGAAAAAAACGUCCUCCUGCAGCGGAGCAACCUUCAGCCAACUCGGUGGACGCCAGAGCAAAGCGCCGACACCGUCCCGCCUGUGGUCUGUCCGGGAUACUACCAAGUCACAAUAUUAGGCAUAAACAAGCAGAUAGCCAUUGAUGCGGCAUACUUUCCUGUUGUGAGCUCAGACGAGCCCAGGGCUGUAGGUCUGCCUCUGGAUCCCCACGGCAACACGAUGCUGUCCUGCAUGUCGUCAGGCUUCCUCUGUCCCCUCAGUGACACUGCCAGCCACAACCAAUCAGCACAUCCUGAGCCAGAGGAGGUGUUGGCGACUGCCGGUGAACUGGAGGACACACACGUCGUGUGCAUCUUGGACCUUUGCCAUCUGGGUGGAGACAAAGUAGAGGUCCUGAUGAGCAAGAUGUACAGAGUGACGGAGGUUUCUCAGGAUUAGGAAGCACAGAGGAGCCGGUGUUUAGCUCUCUGGCAAUUAUUAUCAGCAUGAACCGAUCAUGUAAAUAUAGAGUAAUUUUGAAUAGAAAUAAAAAGUUUUAGACCACACCUCAUUUUGAUACUUGUAUAUACCUGUUACACAUGUACAGCAAAUGUCAUAUCAUUCUUUAAAUAAUGCUUUUGAAGAGAAAAUAUUUUGUUUUUGAU